AUGGACAAGAUUAUGAUUAAUACGAACAAUGUGUACUUGGGUAAAGAACCUCUUUUCAAGAUCACAGCUACGGUAAUAACGACAACAAUAACAAUAAUAGCUCCGGCGGCGGAGGCGGCGGAGGAGAUCACAGUAACGCGGCGGCGGCGGUGGUGGGAGAAUAGUAAUAAUAAUAAAAAGGAGGCCAUGAUGGUGCUGGUGGAGGCGGGGAGGUCGAUAGAGAGCUUGCCGAAGGAUUUGAAGGCGGCCAUUGAAGACGGGAGGAUACCUGGAUCCAUCAUUUUGAAAUAUUUUGAGCUGGAAAAAGUUCCUCUCUUCGCUUGGUUGAUGAAAUUCGGAGGAUUUAAGGAGCCUCUGGCGGAUGAUCUCUUCUUAGCUAAGGUUAUCAUGGAAUGCGGCGUUGGCAUGUUCACUAAGACUGCUGCUGAAUAUGAGCGACGCAGGGAGAACUUCUUUAAGGAGCUGGAAAUUGUCUUUGCAGAUGUGGUGAUGGCAGUAAUUGCAGAUUUCAUGCUCGUCUACCUUCCUGCUCCGACUGUUUCUCUUCGAGCACCAAUUAGUGCUAAUGCAGGCCGUAUAGCUAAAUUCUUUUAUGGCUGCCCAGAUAAUGCAUUUCAGAUAGCUCUGGGUGGAACAUCAUUUUCCUUGCUACAGAGAUUUGGUGCAAUAGUGCGCAACGGGGCAAAACUAUUUGCAGUUGGCACCACAUCAUCUCUGGUUGGUACAGUUAUUACCAAUGCCUUGAUAAAUGCAAAGAAGGCUGUAUCCUCUGUGGAUGAGACUGAGAAUGUACCAGUAUUAUCUACCAGUGUGGGCUAUGGUGUCUAUAUGUCAGUUUCUAGCAAUCUUCGAUAUCAAAUAUUGGCUGGUGUCAUUGAACAACGAAUUUUAGAGCCCUUACUGCACCAGCACAAGUUAUUUCUGAGUGCAAUCUGCUUCGCCGUCCGGACAGGGAACACCUUUUUGGGUUCACUACUGUGGGUUGAUUAUGCCCGUUGGAUAGGAGUUCAGAAGGCUCAAGAGUUAGAAGAAUAAGUCUUUCGUUCGUCUUUGAUAUGGAGCAAGAUGAUUGUCUGGUGCCUUCCAUUUUCCUUUGUUUUCCCCUGCUAUUUGGGAAGUGAUUCUUGAGGUGAUCAAUUUUGCUGACACUGCAAAGAAGUAGGCUGGUAGAUAUAUAUAAUUAAAUUGAAAAGGGGUUUCAAUUUUAGCAUAAUUAGUUUGAUCGACUGUUCACUCAUUUAUGUCCAGUUAGUUUCUCUACUCAUUUUAUCUUUUUGUUUUCAUGUUGGAUACAAUGUUUACUCUAUUAGGUUGCGUGGUUUUCAUAUUAAUGUAGUAUAUCGUCACACACUUACAUUGGACUGGUAUGCUGAAACUAAAGAAGGAAAAGGUAGUUGCAUUCCGAAAUUGAGGUGGAUUAUUCAAGUUUUCC